CAUUUUAUUUGAUUUGUAUGUAUCUCUACAUGUCAUGGGAUAUGAGGUUCAACCCGAACCGCCCCUAUUACUUAUUAAUGGAAUCAAAUGGUUCAACCCGGAUGAACAAAUUAGGUCAAACAAAAAACCCCUUCAGACUUUCUUCGCUCCUGGUACGAAUCCAGUCUCUCUUUCCUCGCCAGAGAAAAGAAAUUGAGGAAAUGGGAGCAAGAAAGCCAUAUAGAUGCAGUUAAAAAAAGGCUUGGCGAGGAAAGAUGAUGCGAUUAGCGUGUGGGAGCAAUUUGAAUUGGGCAAACAGAGGAUUAUUAUUGCCUGGUAACAUCGCUUCACUUCGCAUAUUUCCCUUCAAUUUCCCAGCUUUUCAUAAUGAUGCUGCUGUUAGCCCUGAUCUUUACGAAGCAUACGAACAACAUAGAAGAUCAAGGUUCGCGAGCAUCAAGAAGCUCGAUGAUGCCCUUGUUCUGUACCGUCACAUGGUCCAGAUGAAAACCCGUCCUCAAAUCGUGCAGUUCAACCAAAUCUUGAAUGCCAUUGUGAAGAUGGGCUGCAACGGCGAUGCCGUCUCUCUGUUCAAAGAUAUGUGUGCUUCGGGGAUCAGGGUCGAUCAGGCCACGCUGAACAUUGCUGCGAAUUCCCUUACCCGUUUGCAUAGAGUGGAUUUGGGGUUUGCUAUCUUAGGCACCCAGUUGAAGCUCGGCCUCGUGCCCAAUGUCAUUUUCUUCAACACCUUACUCAAAGGGUUGUUCCUUCAAGGUGGGGUUCGAGAUGCGAUUUGGUUGUUUCACAAGUUAUUGAAUGAGAAAUUGUGCGAGCCGAGUGAUGUCACAUUGCUAGUACUAAUUGAUGGCCUCUGCAAGGCAGGACACACUAUUGAGGCUAUUCAGUUUCUUAAUAUGUUUGAAGAGAAAGGGAAUUGCAAGCCAGAUGUACGCGCAUAUAGCACUGCUAUUGAUUCAUUGUGCAAGGAUAAAAUGGUGGACGAUGCCCUUGUCUUGUUUGCCAAGAUGACUGAAAAGGGAAUUCAUCCCAAUGUCGUGACCUACAGUUCCCUUAUUCACGGGCUCUGUGCACUUAGUCGAUGGGACAAGGUUAAGGAGUUCAUGAAAAGAAUGACGGAUUAUAAAAUUCCUCCCAAUAUCCAUACGUACAACAUAUUAGUUGAUGGGCUAUGCAAGCAAGGGCUGAUCAGCGAUGCUGAAAAAAUCAUCAAUACAAUGGUUCAAGAAGGUGUAGAUCCCAACAUAAUCACGUACAAUGCUUUGAUGGAUGGUUACUGCUUACAAGAAAAGAUCGACAGUGCAUUGGAACUCUUAAAUACCAUGAUACGUAGGGGAUGUGGCCCUGAUAUCCGCACUCACAAUAUUCUGAUAAAUGGAUACUGCAAGAGUGGGUGUUCAGAGAAGGCCAUGCAAUUGUUUGAAGAAAUCCCUAGCAUUGGCCUAAUGCCAACUGUUGUUACUUACAACAUUAUGUUGGACGGUUUAUUUCAAGCUGGAAGAUGUGCUGAUGCAGAGAAGUUUUUUGACAAGAUGGUAGAGAAUCAAGAACAUCCAGAUCUUGUUACCUACAACAUUAUUUUGGAUGGCUUCUGCAAGAAUCAUCAUGUUUCUCAAGCGGUUUCUUUAUUGAGGGUGAUGGAAGCUAAAGGUCCUAUCCCUGAUAUAGUUAGCUAUAGUACCAUCAUAAAUGGACUAUUCAAUGAAGGAAGUUCAUGCAGCGCAGUAGAACUAUUUAAUUCCCUUCCCUCUAAAGGUUUGCGGCCAAAUAUGAUAACCUACAAAACUAUGAUAAUGGGACUUUGCCAAGAAGGUUUGCUAGAAGAUGCAAAAGAUAUGCUCAAGAAAAUGGAGAAAAAUGGUGUUGUUCCAGAUAGUCUGGUAUACAAUGAACUGAUCCGCGGGUUAUUGAAAAAGAAUCAGCAUUCUGAUGCUAUAUUAGUUUUGGAGGAAAUGUCAAGACGUGGAUUCUCACAUUACAAAAGAACUUGUGAAAUUUUACUAAAUUAUAUGGUACAACAAGGGCCAGAUUCUACUCUGCUGCAUAUGCUUCUGAAUAUCAAAGAGAGUGAUGAAAAAUCCAUAUCUUGAAUCCUUUUCUGGACCAAAUUCCUAUCUGCUUCAUUUUCUGUUUUGAAUUGCAGAUUCUAAUUUACUAACAACCCAAAAAGAACUAAACCCCAGUUGCACCACAAGUGUGCGCUAAUAGUAUGGACAUCCCUCUUUUUAUGAUUUUUUUAAUACGCAUUUUUGUGGAUGGCUUUUAAUGCCACAAACCAUCAACCAAGUCCUCUCCUGAAAUUAUCUAUAGUACUCGAGUAGCUGUGUUUAUGCAUAUUUGUAUAUUGGUGCAAUGCUUUGAUUAAAGACUGUGUUAACCU